AUUUCCUUGUGCCCACGGGCAGCCCACCAUUUGCUUUCCUCCAAAGCUUUCCUUCCCCUCAGCGCUCCCCCGCCCCGCCGUCCUCGCCGGAAAAGUAAAACCGUACCGACGUGCCGUUUCCACGCGCCGCUUCCUGUCGAUGGAAUUCGCUCGCCGAGGCCGCGGCGACGACGACGUAGACGACGGCCACCGCUUCAUGCACCUUCCGCCGCCUCACGUGGACCCAAUGCUGGUGAUUAGAGAGGCACUGCUGUCACAGCUUCAGAAGGAUCGUCUUCGCCAGGAGAUCAUACAGGCAGAGUUGGCUAAGAUAGAGCAUGCCAUGGUUCUGCGCAACGGUUCACGUCAUGGUAUUGCCGCUGAUGAUGUGGAAUGGACUAAGCCAGUUCCCUUCACCUUCAGGGAGCAGUCCAUGCCACCUUGGCGAUGGUCAGUCAGUCAAGAAUGUUAUGCCGAUGUCGAUGAGAUCCAUGAUCCAAAGCAAAUGGAGGGAAGGGACAGAAAUGUAGCAUUGAAGUCUGAGAAGCCUGCCAUGGAAGAGCAUAUCGUCGAAUGCUUGAGACCUUGUUGUUGUAAUGGUAAGGCAGGUCAGGAGAAUUCAAAACUUGAAGAGCAGAAAUCACAAGAAUCCAGUGAGACCGUACAGCCCAAGAUGACUUCUCCUUCAGUGAAAUGGGAACUGACAGGAAUAACAAUACCAGUUAAGAAACGACACCAGAAAUUGGGUUGUGAAAUCUGCCAUGUGCAAGUAACUAGUGAGCACAGCUUACAAGUACAUUGUGCAGGACGGAAGCACCGAUCAAAAGAAGCAAGUUAUCGGAAGGCACAAUUAACAGAAGAAUCCUCUUCCAGGACAGGGCAGAAAACAUCCUCAAUAAAAUGGAGCUGCAGUACAUGCCAGGUCAAUGGUACAAGCGAAUCAGACCUGAAGGAGCAUCUGAAUGGAAGAACACAUCAACAAAACAUUGAAGCGCAACUCAUGGAGGGUGAUGGCAUGGCUAAGAAUAAUGAGCUGCAGGAACCAGAGUGCCACAAGAGCAAUGUACCACAGCACUUAGAGAAGCCACCUUCAAUGUCGAGUUCUGCCAUUUGCCUAGCAAAUGCUGCUCAUGAAUUGGAGUUAGGAGGGCACCUUUUAGCUAAGCUUCAAGCUCUACUGGACGAAAUCCGUAACAUGUCAAAGAAUUCUGAAUCACGAGAAGAGACAGUGCUUCCGAACAUUGCACCGCAAAAUGCAGAGCAGACUUCGGGGUCAAAUUGUAGCAUAUUUCAAGCUGAUUCUGAUUGCCAAUUAGACUUGGAGCACCAAAUUGGAAGCAAGAUACACCAACUGAAUGUCCAGGACCUACAUGAAGAAGCCAAGGAAACAGGAGAUUUUCCACCAGAAAUUGCCAAGAACCAGCAACCACCCUUUGAAUGGGAUUGUGUUAUCUGUCAGGCAAAAUGUUACUCUGCAUCUCAAUUUGCUCAUCACUGCAGAGGCAAGAAACACCAAAAGAAGAUGGAUGCUCUACAAGGAGAAGGUGUGAAUGGGAAAUCAAGCAAUCUGACGACGGAGAACAGAUUAGCUUCAAAUGGUUCUGAUAGCUAUAGUUCAAGUUCAGAGAAGGUGGAGGAACAGACAGCAUUGUGGUCGUGCGGGAUUUGCAAUUUGCAGUGCAGCAGCGAGAGUAUGCUUGCAGGCCAUUGUGAGGAGGACGAACACUUGGAGAAACAGAAGUUGCUGGAUUUUUGCGCGGUCUGCAAUUUGCAGUGCAACAGCCAAAAGAUGCUUGCUCACCAUCUUUCUGGGAAUAAGCACCGGAAAAGGCUCAAUGCGAAUAAACGAAAUGCAGUUGUGGCUCUUGUCUACCAAAAUAGCAAUGGUGAAAUUGUACAGUAAAACACGGACCGUACUUAUGAAGUUUAUAUGCUAUGCCACUGUUAACAAUUCAUUUUGUUGACCGACUGUAAUUGUCAUCCGUUGGCUAAUUCAAAAUACAUAGUACUAUAUACUAGCACUA